AUGCCGGCGGAUCGCUCGAGCGCCACGACUUCCACAGCUCACGAGCAGAGCCCGUCCACCCUCGACGCUCGCCCCCGCCUCAAGGACAAGAAGCCGCCAGCCUGCGACCGGUGCAAGGUGUACGACCACGCCCAUCGCCCGCAAACCGCCGCAGAGCCGAACAAGAACCGCCGCCUCUCGCCCUCACCCGUCCGCCUCUCCGGCUCUCCCAGCAACCUCCCGCACAUCACGUCGACCUCGAGGGAAGCCCGAGAUCCGGUCGGCAACAAGUUGCCCUUUGAGCUGGACGACAGCAUCGUCGACGACCUCUUUCCGCGUGCCGGAUUUCGCUUUACCCACCCGUUGGUGCACGACUCGGGCCUCUUCCUCGCUCCGCCCAAGACGGUCGGCGAGCUGGCCGCCCUCGCGCCCGACCUGCGCACGCUGGCCUACUGCGCCCUCGCCGCCGGCGCUCUCGCCUCGUUCCACUCGGCCAUCAUCGGCUCUCGCUCCGACAACCCGACGAGCAUGACGGCGGUCGAGCGGCUCGGACCCGACCUGCGCGAGUUUGGCCGCCGACGACUCGGCGCCUUUCUCGCCUUGCGAGACGAGGCCCUGCGUCGCGCAAAAGGUGGCGACACGUUCUACUUGGCGACGGCGACGCACGCCGCGGUGUGCUGGGCCCUCGACUUCCUCUUUGCCGUUGACCAUCCAGUCGGCUCGCCGCGCCCAUACCUGUCGAUCUACUACACGCACGUCCGAGCACUGGCGCCGCUGCGCACUUUGAGCCAGACGCAGACGCAGUCGACCCCGUGGGCCAUGCAGCUCACAGUCGACCACCUCACGGCAAUCGGCGACGGCUCGAUCAUGCUGCCACUACCCGACCUCGCCAAGUUCGUCGACUCGCCCGAGCUCACCGCCGAGGCGUACGUGCAAGACCUCGACGACGCGCUCCGAGACUCGAAGCGCACGAAGCAGUGGCCGUCCAUCGGGAUCUAUGCUGGACUGUGUGUUCGGGCGGCACUCGAGCUGCAGGCGUGCCUCUCCUCGUCUACGUUGGCUCGCUCGCGAGGAGCACCUCUCGACGAGCAGGCCGUGUUGUCGACGCUCGGCCGGGUCGACCUACUUCAUCAAGCGUCGAUCUCGCUCGUCGCCCACACGGAUCGCCUGCUCGAGGCUUGCGGCGCCGUCGCCGACCGUUCCCUCUUCCGGCCCGUGCCGUUCUCCAAGGUCCAGGCGCUCAAGUCGACCCGUUUCUUCGCCGCCGUCGCGUGGACCGCCCUCGUCCUUCCUCUCUACCACGACCUGCAGGCCUGUCGGGCAUCGAGCACGCCGUCGCCGGCACCGUCGAGCGAGUCCAUCUCGGCCCGCUUCGCGCGGGACCGACUCGAGGUGCACAUCAGCCAGGCGCGAGCGUACGGCUUUGCGGCACUCGAGGCGGUCAUGGCGGCGAUCGAGCGCACGCCGAUCAUCUACUUCUGGACGCACCUGCAGCCGCGCCUCCUCCCGCAGUGGGCCGAGUUCCUCCUCGCCGAGUACGACGCCGGGCACGCACGCGCGAUGGGCGACCAGCUCGUACCGACGUGCCAGCAACUUUCGGCCACCCUGCUCAAGAUCGGCUACGUCUACUCGAACCCGCACCUCGACCACCUCAUCGAGCGCCUCGGCACCGUCGUCCAGCUCGAGGCGCUCAACGCCGCCUUCUCGGUCCCGCUCGACAACCCGCUCUCGUUCCUCACCCUCCUCUCGACCGACCCUUUCUUCUCAGUCCCGCCCGCCUCAACCUCGACGAGCGGCCCCUCGGCGCCGGCCUCGACGCCAAGCGUGGCAGGUGGUGCCCCCGGGCCGGACGUCGAUGCCGGGCAAGGUGUCGCGCCGGCCAUGGCGUCGCAGGGAGAGGGGAUCGCUGUUGGGGAGGACCCGCUGUGGACGCUCGACGCGAUGGGAGGGGCCGACUCUGCUCUUCCCUACAACGCCCUCCCGCUCUCCUUCCGCCUCCUGCGCCCGCUCGGCACCGGCACCUCCCCCUCGAUCUGCCUCUCGGUUCAGCUCCCGCUCGCCAACCAGGGCGCGAGCGCUGCAAGCGACACCGAGGACCUGCGCCAUGGUCCAUCAAGCCCCACCGUCGAGGUCCUGCGCCUGAUCGACCCCGAGCACCGAGAGCCCUUUGUCUCGCUCGGCAGGAUCCUCCUCGCCUGCGCUGUCACGCCGAUCGAGGUGCUCCUGCGGUACGACCUCGACCGCCUCGACUACUCGACCACGCUCGCCGGCCUCGCACCCUUCCUCGACCUCUGGACCCCGCUCAAGACGGCCCGCAAGAUCGCCGCCGACCUCGGCCGCCUCGACGAGCUCGCCGCUUUGCUCGAGUGGGAGACGCGCGGCGCCUACUCGUGCGAGGACAAGGAAGAGGGCGGCAUCGUGCACAACUGGAAGAUCGCGUCCGACCAGAUCCCGCCCGACGAGUACUCGACGGCGAGCAUGCUCGCCACCCCCUUCCCGCGCAUCCACCUCCUCCCCGCCGGCGCCCAAGUCCGCACCCUCCUCCCGUCCCUCCUCACGUUCCCCUCGCUCCAGGACCGCCCGACCGACGCUGCGCCGAGCCUCGAAGCCGUGUGGGGCCGCGUCGUCGAGUGGAGCAUCGUCGCGUUCGAGGCGUACGUCGAUGCGGCCGACGAUGACGAGGGCGGCGAGACCGGCGGGCUCGAGCCGCAGCGGACGAGGAACGCGCUCAAGCCUCCAUCGGCGGCGGCGGGUGCGACAGCCUCGCUCAGCAACAGCGCCGACGCCCUCGCGCCCUUGUUCCUCUUCUCGACCGUCGCGCCGCUCCUCCACGCGCUCGACCUCCUCCCCGCGCCGGCCCCCUCUCCCUCCUCUUCCGCCUCAGCCACACCCGCACCCGCCCGCCCAACCGCCACCACCCUCUCGCACCUCCCCUCCCUGCCGCCCCUGCCGCGCCUCGCGCUCCUCCCGCCCUCGACCUCAGCCUCCUCCCGCACGGGCCCCGACCGCGACCGCGACCGCGAGCGCGACGCACCGCGCCUCCCGCCCCACGCGCAGCUGUACCUCGUCGACGCCGUCGCGCGCUUCGUGCUGCACGCGCGGCGGGUGGGUGGGACCGAGGGCGGUGCGGGACGAGCGGGGCGCGGCGGUCGGGCGCAGCAGAAGGGGCGAGAGGGCGCAGGCGAGGGGGGCGCGGCUCGGGACGACGAGGAGCCUUGGCGCCUCGCGAUCGAGAAGAGGCUUGCGGCGCUCGAGCGUGGUGGCGAGGGCGGAGCGGGCGCGGCAGGGAGCGGCGCGAGCGAGUCGGCCGCGGCGAGCGGCGCGUCCUCCAGCGGCGGCGCCGCGGGCGUACGCGCACCGGCGGGACCGAGCGAGGCCGACGGCGACGCUCUGCGGGCGAGGCUUGCGAGCGUCGAGGCGCAGCUCGAGGUGGCGCAGGCGGCUCUCGCGCGGCACAAGCUCGAGCGCGCGCAGCCUCUCGCGCCCGUCGACCUCGCCUCGGGCGCGUCGGGCGCCCCGUCGCACGUUGCGGGCCCGACACGUGCAGACAUUGCCCUCUUCCUCGUGGGUCUCGUCGUCUGGCCAGCAGUCGCAGUUUCCGUGCUCGGCGUGCGGUGGUGGAUGGGGUGA